GCUGCAGUGGCUUCAGGGCUGGCAGUGUGCGUGUUCAUUUCUUUUACUCAGUUUUGUUUGAAACCUUGGAUGAUAGUUUUGUGACAGAGAGUGUUUAACCAUUUUAUCAAUUUAACUUAAUCCAUCGUGGAUUGUACACUGUGGACAGUUCAGCAGUGCGGUAGAACUAGAUGCUACUUCAUUUCUUUCGUAUGCCAACAAACACACACACACGCAAAAGCUAUCGAUAGGAAAUCUUAGCGCAACACUUUAUUUGAUCGAUGAGCCCCAGAGUCCUACCAUUCUGUUCAGGAGUCGUUUGUGGCCGUGUAGAGAAAGCCGCUCGAUAUUGAAGAAUGGUGGGAUAGGAUAGGACGAAGCAACAGUCACGGAACCGGCCAUCAAUAGGUGCUCAGAAACAAAAGAUAAAAUAAAACAAACUUCAAUCCAAGCACAAUUCACUGUUCUGCUUCAUCGACACGGAAACUAACUGUGGGCUCCGAUUGGCCACGGUGUGAUAGCCAUCCUGAUCAUGUAUUUUUCUAUGUAACCAGGAAUCAUCACUCACUAGCAUUAUCAUCAUCAUCAUCAGCUCUUCGCAUUAGCAGCAGCAGGUUCCCGAUGAAGGUUAAAUAGUAGCAACUGCAAAACUAUCAAGAGCAACACCAACACCACUGCCGCCAACGUCUCCAGUCCACUGUCCAGCCCAGCGACACUUUCGACGAACUGACCAUAACUUCCACACGCUUUAUUGCACCACCCUUGUCCCCCUUCACCAGCAUCAGCAGUGUAAAAGGUGUCGAAAGUGAAGCAGAAAGCCAUCUCGCGAGCAAAGCGCAAGUGAAACAAACGGACGGCGAAGACGGUGCGUUGCGCCAGUAGAGGGGAAAAGUUAAAAGUCUGUGAUUAAAUUCAAUUAGUGCGGUAGCGAAAACCAGCCACGCUCCACAUUUACUACAAUAAAGUGUCAUCGCAUCAUUGCAUCCGCUGCAAGAAAGGAAAAUCCAAAGCCGGUGCAUAGUGUCGCGCCCGUGUGUGUGUGUUUAUGUGUGGGGUUGGGUUAGGGAGGGAGUGAAGAGCAUAGUGGUGGUGCGCGGGGUGGGUCGGUUUUUUGGCUUUGGCGUUGUGUGCUUUGCCUGGUGCAUCGAGGUGUGACAAUAAUAGGUCGCGAAGUCGAAAUUUCGGACUUGGGAUCACACCCGUCCCCCAACAAGGGUGGGAUAGGACAAAACCGUCACAGACCCUAGACACAACCGCAUCACAUACCGUCCCAGGUAGACACCAUGGAAUCGAUGGAGUACGAGGAGGCGCGCAACAUGACGCUGCUGUUCUUUCUCGAGCGGCUGCUGGAUCGUGGCGAGCCGAGAACGCUUCACGACCUGUCCUGCCAGUUUGGAGCACGUGGAUUCACCAAGGAAAUGCGUCAGAUUGCCGGUGGAAGUCAAUCAGGACUGAAAAAAUUUCUCGCCCAAUACCCGGCCCUGUUCGAGAUUAAUGGCGACUUUGUGCACAUCAACUCGUACCAAUCGAGCAGCAUGGACGAUUCGUCCGUAUCGGGCAAGCGGGACUACAUCAAGGAGGCGAAAGAUUACUUCAAACACAAGCUGCUACAGUAUGGCAAAGGGACGGAAGUGCCGAUCCGCAGUCUGCUGGGCCAUCGGAGCCAAGCGUCGCCCCAGGUGCGCCACAUCUCCGGUCAGCACAUACGCGAGUUCACCGAGUUUCUGCUGAAACAUCCGGACACCUUCCAGGUGAUCGACAACGAGAACGUGGUGCUGGUCGGUUGCGAAGAUGAGGAAGAAGUCCCGGCCUCGGAACGGCUUCAUCUGCCCAACUCGACGAUCGAUACACAAGCAACCCAACAGUUGCUCGAUUCGUUCGCACAGGUGAUCGAGAUCAAGGGCCCGAUCUUGGUCGAUCAGCUCUUUCACAUGGUCACGUCCAACUAUCCACAGGAGCAGUGGUUUCACAUGUUUAAGAAUCCGAGCGAUCUGAAGACGUUUCUGAAGCUGUUCUCCGAUUGCUUUCACAUCCAGUCGAAUCUAGUCACGCUGCUACAGAAACCCAAACUGUCGGAUGCGCACAUCCGCCAGGCGCAGGAUAAGUUGAACCUUUCGAAUAGCACGUUCGGGAGCAGUAGCACACACAGUAGUUAUAGCAUAGGAAACAUGACCGGCACGUCAGCCGGCAGUCCCCAGAACAGCUUACAAACGUUCGGUGGCAGUGGUAGCAUUGGGUUUGGUAGUGCGAACGGUAGCAGCAACACGAGUCGGACAGCUUCGCCCAAAAAUAUGAUCGGAGAUUUCAAGCUGAACGAACCGGUAUCGGUGGGGCUGGUUGGAAGCAAUGCCAGUGCGGCCAACAAUGUUGCUUCGCUCGCUGCAACCAUUAAGAGUGAGCCCAACAGUGGGUUUGAUAGUUUGCUGAUAACGAACGAUUUCAAGAUGGAAAUCCUAUGUCCACGGAACUGUCCGACAGUAACGAGCUACGGGAAGCUUUCGUUGUUACCUCCCAAAGGUAAUACGAACGAUACGGGUUUUAACACACUGGUAUCCUCCGGUGGAAAUGUGCCCGAAUCACCAAACAAUGGACGCGUGUUGGUGAACGAUAGGAUCGCUAAUCACCAACAGUCACAGCAACCGACACAACAGACGGUAGGGGGUGUUCCGAAUCCGAAAAAUCAAACACUCAAACAGCGUAUCAACAGUCUCGUGAUCAAAACGCUAGCCGAGAAUCUGGAGAAGGACAAACACUCGAUGGGUGCGAUACAGACGACGACAGCACAGCAUAAUGUUGGUGGUACUGUGUCGACAGGGACUGGAACGGGCACUGGUGGAAGCACGGGCGGACAGACGGGUGCGAUGUCACCGACGCCACCGGCAACGGGUGGCAAUCCGGUACAUUCGAACAACUACUUCAUCGGUGAUACGUGGAAGAUCAAGGUGCUGCAGAAUACGCGCGUUAUCUCGACGGUGAAGGAAUCGCUGUUUGUCACCAAUGCCAUCCUAAAGUCAGCCCUCGAAGAGCAGGCGAUCGUAUCGUUCGACUGUGAGGGCAUUAAUCUCGGUGUCCGCGGGCAGAUCACAAUGGUGCAGCUCGGUACGACACGAGGGGAAGCGUUCAUAUUCGACAUUACCACCUGUCCCGAUAUGGUGGUGGAGGGUGGGCUCAAGGAAAUACUGGAAUCGGAAAAGGUGAUCAAGGUGAUACACGACUGCCGGAACGAUUCGGUCAAUCUGUUCAAUCAAUUCCAAAUCCUGCUCCGGAACGUCUUCGAUACUCAGUCUGCGCAUGCUGUGCUGCAAUUCCAGGACCAGGGCAAGCAGGUGUACAAGGUGAAGAAUGUGUCCCUCAAUACAUUAUGCGAGAUGUAUAAUGCAACCGUUAAUCCGAUGAAAGACCAGCUGAAGAACGUUUAUCGGCGUGACCAGAAGUACUGGGCACGAAGGCCAUUGACAAGGGAUAUGCUACUGUACGCUGCCGGAGACGUGCUGAUACUGAUCAACGAGCAGCUAUACCUCAACAUGGCGACCUCCAUCAAGCCAGAGUACCGCGAACUGCUGUCGGAGCUUUGCACUGAGCAGAUUUUAAUGUUAAUCCGCCCAGUGGAUGUAAAAAUGCGCAAGAAGCAGCGUAAGGUACGAUCGGAGAUACAGGAUCUGAAGGUGAAGCUGAAAUCGGCCAGCAAAAACAUUGUCCUAAGCAACAGAGAAAUCCGACUGUUGAGGUACAUGGAUUUAACGGAAGAGGAAAAGGAAAAGUUACGGGUGUCGUACAAGGUGGCAAAGAAGCUAGAUAAGCUGGAAAAUUACGAUCGCGACCGGUGCGAUCAGAGCGAUUCGGAUGACGAGUGUGACGUCACUGAGCAGGACUACCAAAGCAUGGAUAGUGUACCGUCGGACAAUUCGCUACCGGGCACGGGGACGGGUACUGCUGGUAGUGGUACAUUCUCACCGAAAAAUUCGGAACCGCCCAGCCUGACGGAAUCGAUGCAGCUAAUGGACGAAAUCCUUUCCAACACGACGAUGGAUCGGAUGGCAAAGAUUGACAAGCUGGAAGCGAUUCUUUCUGCCGCCACACUGCUGCCAAACGAUCAGUCUUUUGCUGACACAAUGUCCAGCUUCAAUGCCAAUACGAUCGUAGUAACUAACGAUAAUAUUCUACAGCCUGCAAAGGAAAAAGACGCCAUUAAAGGCCGUGUGAGCAAACCCAGCUCAAAGAUAGCGGCACGGUUGCAACACUCGAUCACUCCACCGCCACCAAUAGCAUCGUCCGGUUACGGUGUAUACCACCAACCGACGGUGCCGGUGCCACCGAAGGAAAUGAAGGAAGCAGCCUGCCAGACGCUCAGCACGGGCGAUAUUGUGAUUACGAAGAUAUUCUUCAAAGAGGACCAAGACAAGAAAGCUCAAUCGGACAAGGCCAACACCAACACCACCACGACCGCCAUGCCAGUGGCAGGCGAAAUGCUCAAAAAGAAUGGCACCACUGCUGGGGGUGAAAUACUAAUGAAUGCGUCCAGCCCACAGCCACAGGCGCAAAGUGCCUGAAUGAGUGAAACACGGCAUCGUUAAGGAGGAUGCCGCGCACUAUUGUAUUUGUUGCUGUCGGUUCAGAACCGAUCACGAUCACGUUCGAACAUGAUGUGGUCCUAACAAGGCGAUAGUUAAGCGUACUUUGCAAGAAGUGGACCAUUGCGUGUGUGUGAAGUUGAGUUAGAAGCUGAUUAGAAGUCUAAGGUUGCAAGGUUUCUACGGUGACCACCCGUACACGUUUUGAUAAUCUAACGAAGACGAAGCAAUAAUUUAUGUGCGUUAUUUAUUAGACCCUUAGCAACAAGAGGAAACGUGUGGGCCUGAACACUUUCUUCGCACGACAUUCGACAACAUAAUGUUCUGUGUGUGUUUUUUUUUGUUUCUGGUUGCCCAGGAUACAUUGACUCAAUCAUACACCGAAAACCAUAUUGUGUAGUGCGUAGUAGACAUAUAUUUUUUAUUCGAUAUAUUUAUACCCACGAUAACGAAAUUCCCGCGAGUGAGAAUGAACACAAGUAGGCUACGUUGAUGUGUAUGGUGAAAGGGUUGAUGGUUUCCUACGUUAUUUUGUUUGGAAGCAAAGCUACUACUACAACUAUAAUGUGUGAUGAAUUAAGCGCGUGUGUUGUUCAGUGUGCGUUAGAUUGUUGUGCGCGCGCGAAGAAAGCGGGUUACGAACGAAAAACUAAUAUGAAGUGCGAAGAAAGAUGAGUUUAAUCCAUCUGUUUGGUUGGGUUGGUUUGAAAAGCCAAUUCACGUUUUUCCCGAGUGAAACCAUUGUAAAGCGAUAUACAUGGCAAAUACUGGAUGGUCAGAUGUAGGAAAGUAUGUAACCAAUUUCAAUCGUGAUCGUAUGCCAACUUUGGUAAAAAAAUGGGUAGAAAAUUUGAUAGUUAACAUACCCUUGAAACAUACACAAUACCCUUUAUAUAAACAGAGAUAGACUUACAGAACUAUUUAACUGAAUAACAUUUCAAUCAAAGCAAGCGAAGGUUUGAUGUUGGAUGUCAGCAGCAUACUCAGCAACAGCAGCAGCAGGAGCAGCAGCUACUAUAUAUCGUUAUACACACAUGCGCCUCUUAUGUAUAGAUUUGUGUACCGGAUACGUUAUACGCUCAUUAGACAGAACAACAAAACACAAAACAUAGUGAAAGCAAAUGAACUGUCACUGUACUUGGCUGCUAUAUAAAAGUUAGAUGAGUUUUUGGAAUUAUAAGCAUUGACCAGAAGGGGAAGGAAAGGAUAUAUAUCUUUUGUAGCAUAUCUAUUAUGCAUACACUAGCAUAGUGUAGUGGACAUAUCAUUUGUUUCGCGGUGAUCACCUCGGUGGUUGCUUUGAUUCAUGGGUGAACUAACAUUUAUACUAACGUACCAUCGGGAAGAAAGGUAAAUCAUUAGUAAUUUUGCUACACCGUAAUAAGAGUACUAAUUAAGCCCGGAAUUGUGGCAAGUAGUAGCAGGUAUCCGAUAGUUUGCUUAUCGGCUUAAUAUAUAUAUAUAUAUAUAUAUACACACACAAACACAUACUUAUUGUGCGAGGUGCCGACAGAAAGAUAAUGUUUAGCGUGAAACAAUAUGACGGGUUGAGUUAAGUGCUAUGCGUGGUGUAGUGUUAAAUGAGAGAAACUAACGAAAACAAAAAACAACCACAACAACACCCUCUAGUAUUGAACUGAUACCGCAAACGAAAUGAAAAUCGAAGCGAGAUAUGAAUUAAAAACAGAUAGAAAACAAUUGAACUAUGUAUGUAUGUAACCCGUAGUGGAAGGUAUUUAUACAGCAACAAAAACACAACGACAAGCAAUAUAUGCUUUUGGCGGACAAAUAAUGUGAGGAAACUUUAGAACGAGACUUUCGAGGAAAUUAUAUUACUUAUAUUAUACAUACGAAAUUGAUAAACCGAAUUGUGGACUAAUGUCGGACUAUAUAUAUAUAUAUAUGUACGGAAGCAGAAAGUUUUUGUUUGCGGAACGGACGCCGAACAGCGUUUGUGGAAUGUUAUAGGAACAAAUAAAAAAUUGUACAUUUGCUAAACUAUUA